UAUCACGUGAAAUUCAACUCUUUCAAACUUCACCCUACUUGUAUUACUUUUACAUCCAUUGGAUAAUGAAUUCUCAAGAUGAGAAUAUCCUGGGCAUGUCUCAAAUUGAAAAUGCUACAGAAAUGAAUGAAUGUUUCAACCGAACUUUGCAUACAAUCCAAAAAGAUGCAUCUACAUCUCCUCCAGCCAGCCAAAAAAAUGGAGUGAGUUUAUCAUAUCAACAAUUACUAAAUGCGUCCAUGUACCCUUUCCAACCGACACAUAUCUACCUUGCACAAAAUGCUCAUGCGCAAAGAAAGAAAAAAAAAAAGGCUAAGACGAAAGACAACGACUUCAUUAGCUCUCAAACUCUUGAAAAAGACAAAUUCAAUAAGAGUUGGAGUAAAAAUGAAGAUAUUGCAUUGACGAAGGCC